GUUAUCUUUUUUAAAUAGGAAUUUCAUCAAAUACUCAUAUAUAUCUUUCAUGUUUAAUUUUUCUUUUGUUUCUUCUUGGUUUUAGAUUUCAUGUUUACUGGCUAGGGUUGAAAACACAAAUUCAGAGAAUUGUGACAUUGUUAAUUUUUAAUCACAUCCUCUGUAAGACAGACGUUGGGCGCUCCACUAUUUAGAUGUAGACGUUCUUUGUUUUGUUGAAUUUAGUUUAUCAAGACGUUAAGAGCAAAAUCGUUAAUUUACAGUUGAACGAUAUCUCGUGGUUCACAAAAUUGUUAAUUUUUAAUGAUAUCUUUUGUAUGACAGAUGUUGGGCCGACCACCCGCUGUCUUAUUGUAUCUAGUUUAUUGAGAUUCCAAUAGCGAUAUCUUUAGUUUUAGCUUCUCUUUCGAAGCAGUAACUUCCGUAUUUUUUAUCUUGCUAUAUAGGACCUCUUUAGCCGGAUUACACAAAACGUUGUUUAGUCCUAUUCGCCGUCUGUACUCGAAUUUCGCAAGCUCUUGCGAAGGAUCUGAAAGGUGCCUCACAUACGGAUGAUGAAUUCAAAUCUUGCUUGGAAAUUCUGAAUAAGUGGCCCUACGCGGAAAGCGGCUACUAUUGGAUGAAUAUUGGGAAUAGAAAUGCACAAGUCUACUGUGAUAUGAAAAAAUAUGGUGGUGGAUGGACCUUAGUUGUGAGUAUCAGCUCACAGAAUAACGAUCACCUUCAAAGCGCACCCAAUAACUGCCUCAACUCUUCGCUGUGUGUUCCCUUUACUGACCAGGGCCAGGGUAGAAAACUGAGCGACAGCGACAUACACGAGCUAGCAAGGACAGAGGGAACCUUUAGGGUCGAUGUGCUACGAAGUGAUGGAAUUCUCUUGCAUACAGUAUUUUAUCAGAUACCCAGUGGGUCAAACAGAUUCAACUCAGGAUGCCAUAAGGGAAAGUAA